AUGGGUGACGAGGAUCCGACAUGCUAUUCAGUGAAUCAAAGAAGUGAUACAGCGGAUCAAGAUUAUCUAGAUCAAAUCGACUUUAAUGGAUCGACAUCGAUUAUGGUUUUUGAUGAAAAAGAUUGCAAUUGCUCACGAAUUCUGCACACCUAUUUGCCGAUUUGUGCUAACGUUUGUCCUCAACCAUUUAUGAGAGUCGAUUGGAUGGAAAUCAUGAUCCCUGCGCUCAUUUAUCUCGUCGUUUUUCUGGUGGGCACAAUCGGAAAUGCGUUGGUGAUCUUUGUGGUGAAUCGUUUCAAGCGAAUGCGCAAUGUCACCAAUGUUUUCCUUGCCUCGCUCUCCACCGCCGAUCUUUGCCUCAUUUGGUUUUGUGUGCCGAUCAUGUUUGUCAAGUACAUGUCUCACGAGUGGUUUAUGGGAAGAUUCGCGUGCUAUUCGGUGCACUACAUUCAACAAUUCACCUGUUUUUGUUCAGUGCUCACGAUGACGAUGAUCUCGUUUGAGAGAUUCCUAGCAAUCGCUUAUCCAAUGCGAAACAUGUGGCUUUCGUCGAUUGGACGCGCAAAAAAAGUGAUUCUUCUGAUUUGGCUUCUCUCCGCGAUACUUGCCAUUCCGACAGCGAUUCGAAUCGACUAUCAAAAUCAAGGCGGGAAAGUGCAUUGGUGCGCGCGGCGUUUUCCGGCGAAUUUCACACUUUUCGGGCAUGAUAGACUGGAACUCAAUAAAUACUAUGCAAUCUAUCAAAUGCUUUUGUUGAUCGUCUUUCCCGUUGCCACAAUGUCAAUUUGUUACACCCGUGUCUCGCUCAUUGUCUACUCAUCUUCUAAAGAUCGAGGAAUACUCACACAUGCUAUGGUGGCGUUCAGCAAAGCGGCCACAGAUGCCGUCACUUUCACGAGCUAUUCAAGCAUUCCAAUCGCGAACUCGAGAACGUUCAAGUUUGCUUCCACUGCCAUCACUUCACUCAACAACAAGAAAAAUAAUCGAAUGGCUGAAGCGAAUAAGAAACAAAUUGUACAAAUGUUGAUUUCAAUCGUCGUUAUGUACACCGUUUGUUGGUUGCCGACUAUCAUUGACGAACUUUUGACAAGUUUUGGCUACAUCUGUCGAACGUCGAAUACGACAACUUUGAAGCAUAUGAGGAUGGGAUUCAAUGCGUUGACCUAUUGCCAGUCUUGCAUCAACCCGAUCUGCUAUGCGUUCAUCUCGCAGAAUUUUCGAGCAACUUUCAAGACAGCAUACAUUCGAAUGAAAUAUCGACUCCAGGGAAAUGAAGAGCUCCGUUCGAGAAUGGGAUCCUAUUCUUCGGCUUCAAUGCUUUCCACGAGAAAUCAUCAUCGCAUCAAUGGCAGUUACAAUACAUUGACAGUUCCUGGAAAAUCAAUUAUCACCCCGAAUAUGAGUCGAGAUGUCUCACAGAUGAGCUUGUGCCGACCGAGAACCCCGGGAAUCCAAAACGAUGCACCAACUUGUGUUGGGUUACGCCGUUCCACUUUGGCCUCUGAUCGGGCCGCUUUACUAGGUGAUGACCUCGAAGCCCCACCGAUGUGUCCCGAGACUCGGGACGUCCCCGCUCGCCGACAGACGUAUCGCAGUCGUCGAGGCCUAACCAAAGCUUUCGAGCGAGAUCUCCGACAGAGACCUCGCAAAGCAGCUCGAUCCACCCUCGAUCUCCUACAGCCGCCUCGACGAUCACUCAAGGCUCAAAGGGUAACCGCUCUCCUUUCCGUUCAAGACGCUAUCCGACCGCGAACACCAGAAAAUAUUGUU